AUGGAGAAACGUAGACCGGCUAGACUGCUGAACACCUUGCCCUACCACCUCCGCACUGUGCCCAUGGGCAUACCAGGGACCCUGCCGCGACUUCCCCUAAGUGACCCCUUCAGGGUGCCCUUCUGCGUGGACGCCGCUUGCUGGGACCGGGCGCAAGGGGGCUGCCCACGGAGACGGCAGUAUCUGUCCCUGCCGCUGGACGGCGCCUGCGAGCCCGCCUUCCUCUGCAAGCGCAACGAGCGCGAGCGGCAGAGGGUGCGCUGCGUGAACGAGGGGUACGCGCGCCUCCGAGACCACCUGCCCAGGGAGCUGGCGGACAAGCGCUUGAGCAAGGUGGAGACGCUUCGAGCCGCCGUUGGCUACAUCAAAUACCUCCAGGAGCUGCUGGAGCAUCACGCGCGGGGGCAGGAGGGCUCGGCCGGCGCCAGUCCCGAGCGCAGGGCCGAUUGCAACAGCGACGGCUAG